AUGAUGAUGGUGGCGUGCUUCGAGGGUUCCAUGUACACAUUUGUCUUCAAUUGGACACCAGCCCUGAGCAACCAGCUGUCCACGCCCGCGUUUGGCAUGGUCUUCGCGAGCUUUAUGAUGGCGUACAUGUGCGGCUCGUCCACAUUCGACCUCCUCCGGGGCAGGGGCGCCUCCGCCGCACAGCUCGCGCAGUGGGCUUUCGGCCUCGGUGCCGUCGCGUUCCUCGUCGCGGGCUGCAUGUUCAGACUGAGCCUGGAAGUGAAGAACCUGGUCACGAUCUACGGGGGGUUCCUUCUCUUCGAGUUCUGCUGCGGGCUCUACUUCCCGUCCGUCUCCACCAUCAAGGGGGAGGCCGUGCCGGAGAGCAUCAGGAGCACCGUCUACAACCUCUACCGCGUGCCGAUGAACGCGAUUGUUCUGGCCGUCUUGCUCGGGAACAUCUCGAUGACCUGCGUGUUCGUCACUUGCUUCGUGCUACUGGCCUCGGCCGGGCUGUCCAUCAACCACCUUGGCAAGGCCGAGCAGAAGGGCCUCGGAGCGGGCGACGUGGAGAGCUACGGCACCGCCGCCGCGAGGUGCCACUGA